CAGGUGUUAACAUCUAAAAUAGAAAAUAUCAAAAAAAAAAAAAAAUUAAGGACAUAUUAUGGAACGUUGGCAAAAUAAAGUGGCUGUUGUAACAGGAGCCAGUUCAGGCAUUGGUUCGGCCAUUGUUAAGGAUCUCAUUAUUAAUGGUUUACAAGUUGUGGGUCUGGCCAGACGUGUGGAGCGUGUCGAAGAAAUUAAAAAGCAAUUGCCAGUUAAACUACAAUCAAAACUAACCGCUGUUAAAUGUGAUGUUUCCAAUUUGAAAUCGGUUAAUGAGGCCUUCGAUAAGAUCAUAUCCCAUUUUGGUGGUGUCGACAUUUUAGUGAAUAAUGCUGGUUGCAUGAAAACUGGUUAUCUAAGUACGUGUAAUAUCGAUGACGUUCAGCUAGUUUUACAAACAAAUGUCAUGGGUGUUGUCUAUUGUACCCAACGUGCUUUCAAAUCCAUGAAGGAGCGCAAUUUUGAUGGUCAUGUGGUUUUAAUUAACAGUAUUGGGGGACAUAAUGUCAUAUCUGUUGGAAAUAAGACGAAGGACAAUAAUAUAUAUGCACCUAGUAAAUUUGCCAUCACCGCUAUAACGGAAAUUUAUAGGCAAGAGUUUAGGGGUUUGGGUACUAAAAUUAAAAUUACGAGCGUAAGUCCUGGCGCAGUUGAUACUGAACUUUUACCUGAUAAUAUUAAGGAAAUACUGGGUGAAACUUUACUAAAACCUCAAGAUAUUUCUCAAGGUAUUUUGUAUGCCAUUUCUACACCACCGCAUGUGCAAGUUCAUGAACUGACUAUUAAGCCAGUGGGUGAAAUGUUUUAAUGGGAUUUAAAUAACUAUUAAUGUGUAUAUAAUAAUUUUGUAAAGAAAAACUGUAAAACAUUAGAUUUUAAAUAAAUAUAUAAGUCAAAAUUUUGAUAA